AUGCUUGCAACACGAGGGCUCGUGCUGGCGCUCGUGCUCGUGUUCUCGCCAGAGCAUGUGUGCAGCUACUUGCAAUCUUUCUCGACAUACUACCACAGGCAGAGCUUGCAGCAGAGGUCUCAUCGCAGGCAGACCUCGCCGCAAAUGCUGGCGCGGCCAGGAAUCAUGCGGCAGGGCAAGGCUACCUGCUACUACAUCGAUUCUCCCGCCAACCUCCCGGGGAACAUGCAAUCAAAUUUCGAGAGCUCGAUCUUCAGCAGAUGUGCAAGUAUAGGCUUUCAUCGACGGGAGAAACUGCCAGCGGACGAGGAGACGAGGAGAAAGCUCAAAGAUAGUGGCAUUCUCACUAAAGGAUACGCUGAAAGAGUUAACCAAGUGGUGUUCGCCGCGUGCGAAGAGUAUUACAAAGAGUGCGCCACAAGACAGAAAAAACCUUUGAAGAUCAGUCGGAUGGAUGAUACUAAAGAUAUUGACCUCGCUACAAUAUCGGAAUAUCAAGCGGACAUGUGCUUGACCUUUGACAAUGACAUCGAUCUUCAAACCAUCUUCAAGGACGUGGUCGUCAACCCCGCUCAGGAUGUAAGGAUAUUCGGAAAGCAUGGAGUCUCAUAUGAGGACCUCCAAGUCAUGAAGGAGGAGUACAUCUGCUUUGAAAUCACGGAGACGCCUGGCAAAAUCUUUGAAAAGCUGUUUCAGGUCAAUCGGCUGUACAAUGUAUUGAAGGGUGAGAUGAUUGGCGAAGACUCCAAGAUUGCGGCGAUAGGUUUGUUGACGAAUGGCAACAGAGAGGACUUUGAGGUGGUCAGUGGAUGUUUGAGCAGGUUCUUCUCUCUGGCCUCUGAUCACCAUGAAUUGACGUCGUUUGUGGAUCCUGGAAGCAUACCGUUUGUUUUGAUUUACACUCCGUACAGGAAUAUUUAUGGUGCUGUGCAAGAUCUGAAGGAGAAUGUGGACAGGAAGUUCGAUGAACUGAAGGAGGAUGUGGACACGAGGUUCAAUGAACUGAAGGAGGAUGUGGACACGAGGUUCAAUGAACUGCAGAGCAACGUAACCGCGUUGCAGAGCGACGUAACCGAGUUGAAGAGCGACGUAUCCGAGUUGAAGAGCGACGUAUCCGAGGCGUCAACAGAAUGUCGCUGUUGCGUCUUUAUUUUUAACACCUCAUCAUAG